AUGUAUUCUAACAAGGCCACUAUAUUCUCUAUCUCACUGUGUUCCUAGGUCCAAUCUGCUGGAGUUUUUGAGCUGAAGGUUCAUUCGUUUAGCAGUCCUCGAAGUCAGUGUGUCCCUGGUCGUCCGUGUCGCCUCUUUUUCCGUGUAUGUCUGAAGCAUGCUGCUCCUCAAGUCUCCCCGGAUCCCCCCUGCACCUUUGGAACCGCUCUUAGUGAAAUACUACCUGCUGAGUCUGGAGCCAUUGCUGGAAGCAGUCCGAUCCGAGUCCCCUUCCAUUUUAAGUGGCCGGGUACAUUUUCCCUUGUUAUUGAGUGCUGGAGUACGCAGUCUUCUGAGCAGUCCACAGAGAACCCUGAUAAUUUGCUCAGUCGAUUGGCAACGCGCCGGCGUCUUUCUAUUGGUGAAGACUGGUCCCAAGAUAUACAUCUGGGGCAACAGAGUGAGCUGCGUUAUUCCUACCAUGUCACUUGUGAUGAUCAUUACUAUGGAGACAGUUGUUCUGAUUACUGCCGACCAAGAGAUGACACCUUUGGACAUUAUACAUGUGAUCAGGAGGGGAAAAGGCUAUGUCUUUCUGGUUGGACAGGAGAAUACUGCUCUGAACCAAUCUGUCUGGCAGGCUGUAGUGAGACUCAUGGGUUCUGUGACGUUCCUGGAGAGUGUAAGUGCCGCAUGGGCUGGCAAGGACGUUUGUGUGAUGAAUGUCUUCGUUACCCUGGCUGCCUGCAUGGUGCCUGCUCUCAGCCAUGGGAAUGUACCUGCAAGGAAGGCUGGGGAGGCCUCUUCUGUAACCAGGAUCUCAACUACUGCACUAACCACCGACCAUGUCGCAAUGGAGCAAGCUGCACCAACACCGGCCAGGGAAGCUACUCCUGCACCUGCCGUGCUGGCUACACUGGGAAAACUUGUGAAAUAGAAACUAACGAGUGUGCCAGUAACCCAUGCAAGAACGGUGGCAGCUGCAACGACUUGGAAAAUGACUAUAAAUGUGUAUGUCCACGCGGGUUCUAUGGGAAAAACUGUGAUAUCAGCGCAAUCACUUGUGCAGAUGGCCCAUGCUUUAAUGGGGGUACAUGUGUAGAAAAGAACAAUGGAGGCUAUGUCUGUCGUUGCCCCUUCAGUUACCACGGCUCCAACUGUGAGAAGAAAAUUGACAGAUGCACCAACAGCCCCUGCCUUAAUGGUGGUCACUGCUUGGACGUGGGCCGUGUUGCUUUGUGUAAAUGUCGUUCAGGAUUUUCUGGCUCCCGAUGUGAGCUGAAUAUUGAUGACUGUGCUCAUGGGCCAUGUUCUAAUGGGGGAACAUGUGUUGAUGGGGUAAACAGCUACACGUGCUCUUGUACUUUAGGAUAUGGAGGCAAAGACUGCACCCUGCGCAUGGACGCUUGUAGUUCAAAUCCCUGUCAAAAUGGGGCCACCUGUUAUACUCAUUUCAGUGGCCAUGUGUGUCAAUGCCCAGUAGGCUUCAUGGGAUCUACCUGUGAGUUCAUGGUUGAAGAUCCCACACCAUCCUAUCGACGUGGAUCAGAUUCCUCAUCCUACUUGAUUACAAUAGCUUCUUUGGGGCUUGUUGCACUCUGUUUGCUGGGCUGUGGGUUAGUGAUGCUUCUGAAAUGGAUGAAGAGAGUACAGAGCAAAGAAAUGGAGAGAGUUACCAAUGAUCUGGAGCAAAAGAACAACCUGAAGGAGAAGGAACCAUUUUUGGUCUCUCCACAUUUCAUGAUGCCAAAGCAGGACAGCCUAAGAGAAAAAUCAAGCAGUAAACAGAAGCUUCUCCAAGGUUCUGACAGUGAGGAAGAGCGAAGUGGACGCAGAAGUAAUUGUUUGAAAUCAGAUGUCAGACACUGCAGUGCCUCUUCAGAGGAAGAAAUUUACUACCCAAUAUACAUACUGCCUGAGCCAUCUGCGCAAUGUAUAUUUGCAACUGAGGUGUAAUGGAUAACAAAGAAGAUUUCAAGACAACAUCUUUAAAACUCCAAGCUAUUUUUCAUGACUCAAGAUUUGUAUUUAUUUACUUAUUUAUUUAAUUAUUUAUAUAUAUUUAACAAAGAGAGCUAUUUAUAUUUAUAUUUGCUGAAAUCAAAAGACUGCUCAAAUAAACUCAAACUGUUGCCUACAAUUGGUUCCUAUGAGAUUCUCCCCGAAAGAGGAUUUGAGCCUCUUAACUGGGUUAGA